GGUUUGUGAAUGAGAUCCUCACUGUUAAACUCAUACUUGACUCUCCUGACUCCUUGAUCAUAGAAUUUAUUUGCAGUAAAUUGCUUAAUUGAUUUUUACCCCCAAAAGCAGCUUCUACCAAGAAACCAAGUAAGAUUAGAGCCUCUGAGAUUAGACAGCACCCAGUUUGUUUUCUGGAAUUGCUUUGGUGUACCGCUGUGAUUGAAGGUGUCUUCAGGAUGCCCCAUGCUGGACAAUCCUCGGAUUUACUGUGGGUUUAUUUUUGACUCCUAGUCUUGGUCUUAAAGAGGCUUGAUUGGAUUAGGCCCGCACUUUGUUGAGAAGAGCUUGCACUGUCUCUGUUCCCAAACAGAGCUCCAAGAAGUCUCUGUAUUUUUCUCCUUGGAUUUAUUUUUGUGAGCUGAUGGUACACAACAGCCUCAGGAACACAGGUGAUGGGCGUGUUCAGAGGGCAAGGAACACUGAAGUAAGCUAGUAGGGAAGUGUCACACCUAACUCUACUAUUGAUUAGCAACUUGUAACACUGAGCGAAGACAGAGAGAGAGUACAUGAAGGGGAUGACAAUCUGUCAAUAUUUCGCUCCUGUCAGAAGACAUAUUCAAGAUUUUAUCAGGAGUAUCAAGGACUAAAUGAGUGUUCGUCGGUGAUUGAAGUACUUUUUGCAAGUGAAGAAGCUUUACUGAUGUAGAAUCUUCAUUUUUGCUGUGAGACAAGUUUCUGGAUCCUGAGACGAUGGGUGUUGCAAACUCAAGAGACGCUUACACUUCAGUUACAGUUUUGUUGAAAAGACGUAAUGAACCCCUUAAAAAAGACAAGCCCAAGUGGAAGAGUGAUUACCCAAUGACAGAGGGCCAGCUGCGCAGCAAGAGAGAUGAAUUCUGGGAUACUGCACCUGCUUUCGAUGGACGGAAAGAGAUAUGGGAUGCCCUGAAAGCUGCUGCUGUGGCAAUUGAGUGUAAUGACCAUGAGCUUGCACAGGCUAUCGUUGAUGGUGCAAGCAUCACACUGCCGCAUGGUUCUCUUACGGAGUGCUAUGAUGAACUGGGGAACCGGUACCAGCUUCCUGCAUACUGCUUGGCUCCUCCAGUCAACCUGAUCUUAGAGCGCAGUGACAUCGAUGUGUCUGAAAACGCUGAGCAGCAGGAGAAGAAGGAGAAAGAAGAGUUCCAGCUGAAGGUGCGCCUCUCUACAGGAAAGGACCUGCGACUGAGCGUCAGCAUGGCUGACUCCAUAUGCCAGCUUAAGAAGCAGCUGCAGGUGCAGGAAGACAUUGAUGCUGCUAACCAGCGCUGGUUCUUCUCUGGAAAGCUGCUAACAGACAAAACCCGGCUACAGGACACCAAGAUUCAAAAAGACUUUGUAAUCCAGGUCAUUGUCAAACCAGCUGUCAUUCCCAGCUGAGUAAAGGCAUGAACUUUGAGAGGUCGUGGGACAUGAUGAACUCACAAGGUUGUGAGGAAGCUUUUCUGAGGCUUUGUAGCUCUUGAAAUGAACUCUUAUAAAUGCCUUGCGCUCUUGAAGAUUAAUUAGAAUGUCCUAUGUUUGUAAGUCUUGUGUAUCUGAUUGUUCCGUUCUCUGUGCUGUCUUCUGCAUUGACAAUCAAAAAAACUUCUUGUCCUGCAUGGACUGGAAAUAUAUACAGUGGUAGGUUUUCACACAAUGAAGACGUGGAAAGAAUGACUUUUUAGGAAAUUAAUGGAAUAUAUAGACAGGAACAUGAUUAAAGGAUGACACACCCAGUUCAAA